GGAGGCGUUGACUAAAAGUAAAAUAAACAAUUGGGGGCGCCCUUUCAAUCAACAAUCGCCGACACAGCCGAUGUUCGUUGAGCACACGUCUGCACAACUGACCAUCGGGCCUGAAUUUGCUGGCUUACUGAAUACUGGACACGGUUUGAGUCAAGAGAUGGCUGUUUCUGACCAAGCGAAAGAAAAGCUUUGUCCUGCGGUGUCUCAGUAUGGCCCGGCCAAUGUGCGAGAUCUUGAACCAGGCAAGAAGAUGAAGUGGUGCACGUGUGGAUUGAGAGCACACAAAGGAACAGGCUUUAAAUCUCUCAAGUGGAUUGUUCCAGAGAAACCUCAGAGUGUAUACUCCAUCUGCAUGUGCAAGCACACCAAGAAUCCGCCGUUCUGUGAUGCUACCCACACUAACCUCCCCGCAGCAGUGGAACAGACUCAGACCUCUUGCCCUGGUAGGAGUGACCACCACAUGAGAGCGUGCCCAAAACUUUGCACCAAGUGUGGCUGGGUGCCAGACUUUUGACGAUGGGCUAAUUACAUGUAGGGCCACCAAUCUUUUAGGAACUUUGACUUUAAACUUGAACAUCCUGAACGUUCCAAAGGUUUCUGUUUAAAGAACAAAAAUUGUUAAAACAGCACAAAUUGAAAUACGGGUUUGUGCAAGUAAAGAUCUCUGAAGUUGACUUUGAGAAAAUCAUUUCAAAAUGUACACAUAUUUAUAAUAAUGGACUAAGAAUUUCACAAUGUUUGGUACACUAGUAUAACCGAGAUGUUUGAUUAUGAGGUGAAGUUUCAUUUAUUUACACCAAUUUUGUAGAAAUUUUUAACAUCACUGUAAUGCAAAAAAACAAAAAAAUAGUUAUCCAAAUUGAGAGGCUCUCUCAUAAGAGACAUUUUGGUUUGUUUUAUUUCGCCCUAUUUGAUGUGUAAGAACUUCAGGAAUGAGCUCUUUUGGUGAUGGUGUCAUAUGCGCUUCAUGUGACAAUUUUAAUGAUUAAAUGUACAUUUUGCUCAGUGAGUCACUUCUGGAAAAUAUAUUCAUGAAAUCUGCCCAAUUUAAAGUCCGAAGAACAUAUAGUAACAUUACUUUUGCGUAUAAGCGUACUACGUUACAUGCACUAGAAGUCAUAAAUGUAAGAAAAUAUAAGUAUUAUUAAUAUGUUACUUAAUAUGCAUUACAAUACAUACGUAUUAUUUCUCCCAUCAAACAUGUAUCGGCAAAGACUAUUAGCCCAAAAUAUGGUGAAUAUUAAGAUUUUUACAUGACGUUUUUUGAUAUAAUCAUAACAUAUUUUGUGAAUAAUCAUACUUAUAAUUAUAUCAUAUGAAAACAAAUAUAUGAAGGCAAAACGUUACAAGAAUGCAAUUUCAUAUUAAUUGUAUAAAAGUCUUAUGAGAAUUUAGAAGACAAAUAACACAUUGUGCUCUGAUCAAAAAAGUUAACGAAACAAAACGUCCCGGCAUUCAUUCUCCAUCAAACCACACGUCUGCUAUUUAAAUGAUUUUUUUUUUUGGGGGGGGGGGUCUUUUGAUAAAAACAUUUUGGUUUUCAUUAAAAAUUGUGUUUCUAUGAUACAAAUGUAGUUACAGUCCACAUUCUUAUGGAAAACAAAUCCGGCCUCAAUGUCUCAAUAAGUAACGACUUGUAUAACCACAGAAGCGCGUUGUCACGUAAUAAUUGCUUUGUUCCCAAAAAGUGUUCCUUUCCUAAAUAUGACAUGUCCACAUCUUUAAAUUGCUUUACAUCGUUAAAACAAGUCUUUUACAAGUAAAGCAUAAUGAAUUUUAACUUUAACUAUUGUGUUAAAAUGGUAUUAAAUCAAUUCAUUUCUAUA